AAAAUGUUACGAGCACCAGCACUACCUCUUUUACCUGGAUUCAAUUUUGAUAGGAAUCUAGGUCGUAAUAAAUUUCAUAGAAGUCAAUACUUUGACAAAAUACACGAUGGUGUUUAUUACCUUUCUGAAAAAAAAUCUGACUUCGGUCGAUAUCCAUCUAUUUAUACACGUGGUGAAGUACAGGAGAUACCACCAUGGAUAGCAUACGAUGGCCAAAGAUUAAUGUUCGAUGCGUAUUAUCAAGAGACCGUACAAGAAAGAUGGAAAUCACCAUUUCAAAUUCGUCGAGUUACAAUAAGUUUUUUCUUAGAAGACGGAACAAUGAAAAUAUCCGAGCCGAUCGUAGAUAAUAGUGGCUUAGAACAAGGUGUUUUGUUAAGACGUCAAAGAAUUCCAAUGCCUGAUCCAGUUAAAUUUAGAUUUUACGACAUCAUAGAUUUAAAUAUUGGCAAAGAACCGGAAAUAUUUGGUAGGGUAUAUAAAAUAGUUGAUUGUGACAAGUUUACAAGACACUUUUUAAAUCGUAUGGGUAUACCAGUACCGGAUCCAAUUAAAAUACCUAAAGAUCCAUACAUGGAAGCAAGAAAAAUUCCAAAUUUUCCCAAGAAACCAAGAACUUACAAAAUUGACAACCUUGGUAAUUUUUUAAAAUACGAUAGACAAGUAUUAAGAUUUUAUGGAUAUUGGGACGACACAGAUAAUCUUCAUGGUAUUGUACACGAUCUUGAAAUUCAUUAUUAUCUUGCUGACGACACUAUUGAAAUCAAAGAAAAUUUUCCUCCCAAUUCUGGAAGAGAUUCUGGAUUUGUCCUUGUUAAAAGAAUGAAAAUUCCUAAAUUUUAUUCGGGAUUGGAUCCAAUCGGUGCUGGUGAUCCUUUUACCAUUUUAAACGUAAUGGGUGACGAUACUAAUCAAAGUUAUACGAUGAUAGACGCAUUAAAUACUGGAUUAACGAAGAAAGAAUAUUACAAGGAUAAUGAAUUAUCAAUAGGUGCUAUAAUGAACGUUUUUGGAAGAACUGUCGUUAUAACGGACAUGGAUACAUUCACAAAAGAAUAUUACAGAACCAAAUAUGGAUUAAACGAUUUUAUUCCGUUGGAGAGACCGCAAAAAAAAAAUGAAAUUUGUUUACCAGUUGAAAAAUACAUUCCACCGUACAAUGGUUUCGGUUCUUACGACGAUUCUCUUGGAAAUUGUUUAACGAUGAUACCGAAAGCACCUAAAACGGAUUUCGUUAAAUUUCUACAUUACGAUAAGCAAGGUUUCAACAGUCGAGUUUUAAGAUUUCGUGCACAAAUGAUAUCAAAAAUACCGGAAAAUUUGGACAGACAUUUUAUCAUAAGAGUAUAUCUCAUAGACGAUUCGAUUUCUAUUUUUGAAUUAACGAAAAGAAAUUCAGGUUUUAGAAGAUGUUUAUUUUUAAAAAAGAUGCCAGUAAUGCUACCGAAACAGAACAUAUUCUCUAGUACAAAACCGGAAUAUUUCAAGCCAGAAAAUUUUUAUAUAGGAGCACGUUUGAAUAUAAACGAGUUUCAUUUCUCGAUUAUUUCUGCCGACGAUUAUGCGCUACGUUACAUGGAAUUAAAUUGCGAAAAGUUUCCCAAAGCAAAUAUCAAAUUGAUCAUGGGAAAAUUAAAAGAAGCAUUAACACCAGUUUACAAAGAAUUUGUUCAAAAUUAUUCGCCAUCUUCGUUAGCUGAACACAAAAUUCCAACGUUGGAAUACGAAAAAUUUAGGAAUGCGUUGUGCACGUAUUUGGGAGAUCAAAUAACCGAGCAUGAAAUAAUUACAGUUGCUAGACAUUAUUCUUCGCACGAAAAGAAAAUAUUUCACACGAGGGAAUAUGUCAGACAAUUGGUUCAUACUGAACUUAAUCGAGAUAUAUGGAACGAGGCUGAUAGAUUAAAGGAAGAUCUUUUACAUUGGGAUAGGCAAAAAAUUGGUUACUUACCCCGCAACACGAUUUAUGCAGUUGUACGUGCUUGUAGAAUACCAUUAGAUAUCGAAUUAAUAAAUUCGAUGUUGGAUAAUUUACGCAAAGAUGAGGAAGGUAAAAUAGAUUACAACGAUUUAUUGGAUUUUAUCAACGUUAAAAUAGAUCCGUUACCUCCUGCAAUUCCCAUAAACGUUAAGACAGCAUUAUGGUGGGCAUCGGAAAAAGAACCGGAUUGUGGUUCUGGUAUUGAUUGGCAUUGCUUUAUCAAAGAUCUUGAUAUAAAAACGAAUGACGAGACGUUGGAUAUCAAGGUAGAACAAAAUAACGAAAAUUAUGUGGAACCGUGAAGAAACGAUUUAAUUGGUAUAUCUAAUAUUUAAAAUGUUAUUUUAUUUUUGUUUUUGACUGACUAUUUUAUAACGUAAAACAUUUAAAAUUGUUCACGCACGUAAUUAGCGUUAACGCACUAUUUCUAUUUACAAUAUCCGAUGCUA